AUGCCUUCUGCAGCCGAUAUUCUUAGCGACCCUGAAAUCGCGCAAGCAUACGAAGACGUGCGCUCUGACAAAUCCGAGACCACGUGGCUUAUCUUGAAGGUACAUCCGAUAAUGCGCCCGAAGGGUUUCAUUCACCGAGACGUUAUCGAAGGCAUUAGGCAAGAAAAUGUGAGGGAUUUGACGGCUGACCAUCCUCAGUAUGCAUCCGCAACCUCAGAUAACCUCAAACUCGCUGGCACAGGCAGCGGCGACAUUGCCGAGAUGACAGAGAGUCUUGGCGACGACGAAGCAGCAUACGCCUACGUGCGCAUGAAGCUAGGAAACGACGAGUACAGCGAGCGCGUCAAGUUUGCUUUUGUUGUUUGGCAAGGACCCCAAACAAAGGUGAUGCGCAAAGCCAAGAUGAGCUUCCAGAGUGGCCAGGUCAAGCAGGUCAUCCGUACCUAUGCUGUGGAGAUCCAGACAGGGGAUAAGAAGGAUUUGGAGGAAGAGGCUGUGACGAUGAAGCUUAGGAAAGCUAUGGGUGCGAAUUAUGAUCGCCAGAAAACAAACUACUAG